CAUUACUGCCCGACAAAAGGAAGUUGCUGUCAGUCCUCAGAGAGCCGGCGUCUCCGGAGAACAAAGCCAGUUGCCUCCCUGCUGAGGCAUUCCGAGGAUUCCCAGCGCGCCAUCCUCCCUACCUGUCCGACAGGUGUAUCCGGCUGUGUAGGCCGACGCGCUCAGGCGGCUCUCAGCGGGAGGGCCGGUCGUGGUCAUCUAUGGGCGAGUGUCUGCGGAGAGUUUGUCCGUGUCUGGAGACACUAUGGCAAAGGAUUUACGGGGACCAAAAGGCUGGCCCUGUAGCAGGAGGAGGAGUGAAUGGAGGCAGUGGAGGGGAAACAGGCGGCGGAGGUGAGCGGAGACCACCGAGUCCACCGCCGACGCCGCAGGACAGAGUGCGGGACAGCAGCUCCAUCUACACGGCGCUGUGGCCGUUUGAAUCCCGGCAUGCGGACGAGCUGUCCUUCCAGGAGGGGGACUUGUUCAGUGUCCUGAGCCGCAGCGGGGACUGGUGGACCGCACGCAGGAUCGACAAGAACGGGCGCGUCCUGGACUCCGGGAUCGUGCCCAGCAACUACCUGGCCAGGGCUGAAUCCCUGGAAAUGCAGCCAUGGUUUUUUGGGACAAUGAGCCGCUUUCAGGCCCAGAGCCACCUGCUGGGACCAGGAAAUGACGAAGGAGCUUUCCUCGUCCGGCACAGCGAGAAAGACAACAUUGGAUACGUCCUUUCAGUGAAGUCAAGCGAACGAGUGAAGCAUUUUAAGAUCCACCAAGCGGAUGGGAACAAUUUCUGCGUGGAGCCCAACCACCACUUCAGCUCUCUGUUCGACUUGGUGGAGCACUACCAAGUCAACGGCCUGAACAACACGGGCACGCUGGGGAACCCCUGCAAGAGGAAUAAGCCCAACACGCCAGAUUUGCAUCCUUUUCCCAAGGAUGAGUGGGAGCUCCCGAAGGAGGAGUUCACCCUGGAGGAGGAGCUGGGCAGCGGCUACUUCGCUCAAGUCCACCGCGGACGCUGGAAAAACCUCAUCAAAGUCGCCGUCAAGAUCCUCAAAAGCGACUCGGAGUUGAACCACCGUGAAUUUCAGAGAGAAGUUCAGAUCCUGAAGAGGCUCCGCCAUCGGCACCUCAUCUCUCUGUUUGCUGUCUGCACGUCCUCGUCGCCCUACUGGAUCAUCACCGAGCUGAUGGAGAAAGGCAGCCUGCUCAGCUUCCUCAGAGGUCCAGAGGGGCAGAAUCAAGACGUUACGUCACUCAUUGACAUGGCUGCCCAGGUGGCUGAUGGGAUGUCAUACCUGGAGGAGCAGAACAGCAUCCACAGAGAUCUGGCGGCUCGAAACGUCCUUGUGGGAGAGGACUACACCUGUAAGGUGGCUGACUUUGGACUGGCCAGAGUGAUCAAGGAGCCGUUCUACGUCACAGAAGAUAAAAAGAUUCCCUAUAAGUGGAGCGCUCCUGAGGCCAUCAGCCAUGGAAAGUUCUCCAACAAGUCUGACGUCUGGUCUUUUGGAGUCUUGCUCUAUGAGAUUACAACCUAUGGAGGCGUUCCUUACCCAGCUCUUAGCAACCAGGAAGCCUACGAGCAGGUUACCAAAGGCUACAGGAUGCCAGCACCAGCCAAAUGCCCCAACUUUCUCUACCAAAUCAUGCUUAAAUGUUGGAACGGUGAGCCGGCCAACAGGCCAGACUUCAAGUCCCUCAAGGACCAACUGGACAGCAGCUACGAGCUGGAGUGACCACCCAACUUCCUGCAGUACAUACUGACUGCCACAGGGGGGCUGAACACUGAGCAGGAAUCACUGAGGUCUCUUUAUUAAACAGGAACAAAACUGAUUUUACAGAAAGAAAGACUUUGACUGUGUGUCUGAAAUGUGCAGAUCAGCACAAUGUUUUGCAAAGUUUUAUAACGUUUAUUCAGUCCACUUGGGCUGCAGCUGUUGAAUAUUUAUAUUAUUGAUUUAUUUUAGAGCUGAAACCAUUCAAAAUGAAUGUGUUAGCAACAUUUUUUUUCUCUCAUUUUUAAAACAAUGCCAAUAAUUAUCUGGUUCAGCACUUUUUUCAAACUCAGUUUUUGUGAAUGAAAUGUGAAUGAACUGUAAGUGUUUUAUGGAGCCUCUCAACUGGUUAUAAACUAGAGCCCAACUGAUGGAGUUUAUAGUGCAUUAUGACCACUUAUACUCAACUAUCAAAUGUGGUAAGGAUUCACACUGUGCUAUAAAAGUCCAUUCAGUGUCACAAAUGAUCAUUUUGUGUGUAUAUAGAUGCAGUUUUAAAGUUAACCCAUCGUUCUUCACCCGUCAGCUGUCUGCAGUACCACCUUGGGCCAGCAAGGGGCAGCACAGUCGCAGCAUCUGAGCAUCUCGCUCCUUUCUGCCUAACUAGUGACUGAAGACUUGACCCAUCGCAAAACAUGUUGCUCAUGUCAUGUAUGCUGCUGAUGAAAUGUCCAGUAAGACCUGGUUUUUAGUUGGAACUGACGGCAACAGCAUGUGCCACCGUCCAAUAUAAACAUCCGAUGACUUAUCACUUAACAGCUGUUGACAAAGUGUUGAAUGUAACCCACAUGUCACGUUCAAGAACAGUCCUGUUCAGUUCGUUUUAUAUUUGUUUUUAUGCAAUUCAAGAGAGAAUUACUCUCAUAAAUAAUCUAACAGGUGUUUGUUUCUAAUUGAUUAAAAGGAAUCAGUAUGGUU